ACAGUGAAGUCGCAUUAUUGCCGAGAAUUGCAAGUAGAGUCGCCACACACACACGAGACACAGACAGAAUAGACGAAAAUCUAAAUCUGCGCGGACAACAAUGAAUCUAAGCCUUCAACUUCACCUUCAAUGCACGCCACUUCAUAUUUUGGUCAAGUCCGCCACCGCCACCGCCACCGCCACCACCCGCAGCUGGAGCUGCUACGCUUCGCUGUCAAUUCCGCAACCCUCAAACGUCAACGUCCUAAAUGGAAGCUCUCCUCUCUCCUCUGAGCGCAAGGAGAUCCGUCUCGGCUUGCCUAGCAAGGGUCGCAUGUCCAACGACACUCUCGAACUCCUCAAGAAUUGUCAAUUGUCAGUGAAGCAGGUUAAUCCUAGGCAAUAUGUUGCUGAAAUUCCUCAGCUGUCCAACUUAGAAGUUUGGUUUCAAAGGCCAAAAGACAUUGUAAGAAAAUUGUUAUCUGGAGAUCUUGACCUGGGCAUUGUCGGUCUUGAUACACUCAGUGAAUAUGGCCAGGGAAAUGAAGAUCUUAUCAUUGUCCAUGAGGCGUUGGAGUAUGGUGAUUGCCGCUUAUCUCUUGCGAUUCCCCAAUAUGGAAUAUUUGAGAAUAUCAAUUCCCUAGAGGAGCUAUCAAAGAUGCCUCAAUGGACCGAAGACAAGCCUCUGCGAGUUGCUACUGGGUUCAACUAUCUGGGUCCCAAAUUCAUGAGGGAGAAUGGACUUACGCAUGUGACUUUUUCAACCGCAGACGGAGCUCUGGAGGCAGCACCUGCGAUGGGAAUUGCUGAUGCCAUCUUAGACCUAGUGAGUAGUGGGACCACGCUGAGAGAAAAUAAUUUGAAGGAAAUUGAAGGUGGAACUGUGUUGGAAAGCCAGGCUGUUCUUGUUGCAAGCAGAAAAUCAAUGAUCCAACGGACAGGAGUACUAGAAACGACACAUGAGAUACUAGAAAGAUUAGAGGCACAUCUGAGGGCCAUUGGGCAGUUUACGGUCACUGCAAACAUGAGGGGUAGCAGUGCAGAGGAAGUAGCCGAGAGAGUAUUGAGUCAACCAUCAUUAUCUGGGUUGCAGGGACCCACUAUAAGUCCUGUUUUUUGCAAACGGGAUGGGAAGGUUGCAGCAGACUACUACGCCAUAGUGAUAUGUGUACCCAAGAAGGCACUAUACAAGUCUAUACAGCAGCUGAGAGCGAUUGGUGGCAGUGGCGUUCUUAUAUCACCCUUGACCUACAUUUUUGAUGAGGAAACUCCAAGAUGGCGUCAGCUACUUUCUGAACUUGGACUGUAGCCAUUUAUGAUCAAUGGAUGAAACCUUUUUCAUAUACUAUGGAUGUAGAAGCGCAUCGACUUUGAUGAAAGCUGCAAAGUACACCAACAUUCAGAAUUAGAAACUAAAAAUGCAUUUCUUGAUCUUCAUUUAUAGCAACUUCUGGAUUGAUAUCGGUUGGAAGUUUUGUAGCGAGCAAGCCUGUAUUUUUUCCUUUUUGUCUCUCUUUGGCACUUGUUAAUAAUAUGGAUAAAGAAGCGAGUUCAUUUUCUUGGUA